CAUUUGAUAAUAGCACACGGUGAUUCUGAUUACACUGGAAUUAACAGCGAUACGAAACCCACUCAAACUGGAGAUUGGACUCUUUUGACAGACUGAACAUCACCGGUCAAAUGGAUGUGACCUACAGCAUAAAACGGUUCAGACGCCACUCCUAGAAAAGCGGGAGAAUGGCUUGCAUAUCCCCGAAGACUGAGCUAAUGGAGUCUGAUCAGGAUUCAGACAGAGACUCUGGUGUUGGGGAUGAUGCAGUCGAAGAGUCUGACAGUUGCAGUAAAAGCAGUGCAAUUGAAGCCGAUGAGGAUAAUGCAGAUGGCAUGGAAGGAACCAGCGCGAAGGAUGAAGACUCCAUAGUAUUUGUUGCCUUCCAAGGGAACAUGAACGAUGACGACUUUGCACAGAAACUUGACUCUGUUCUCAGUGGGAUACCCAACAUGCUAGAUAUGGGCUCAGAGAAGCUCCAGCCACAGUAUGUAGAGCCAUGGAACAGUGUCCGCGUUACCUUCAACAUUCCCAGAGAUGCUGCAGAGCGUCUCAGACUGUUGGCCCAGAACAACCAGCAGCAGCUCAGAGAUCUGGGCAUUCUCUCUGUGCAAAUAGAAGGAGAGGGAGCAAUCAAUGUGGCUGUUGGACCAAACAGAGGACAAGAAGUAAGAGCUAAUGGACCAAUCGGUGCACCCGGUCAGAUGAGGAUGGAUGGUGGCUUCCCAGGUCAGCCUGGACCAGGAGGAGUUAGGAUGCCGAACCCAUCGAUGGUUCCACGUGGCCCUGGCAUGGUGGGUCAACCUAUGUUACCAGGCAGCAGUGGACAGAUCCAUCCUCGUGCACAGAGACCACCAUUACAAACAGAUGUGAUGGAUCCAAUGAUGCCGGUGAUGUCAGUCCAGCAGCAGCAGCAGCAACAACUUCAGCACCAGCAGGGUGCUCCACAUGCUUCUGGCCCCAUGUCUGCUCAAGCCGCACAUCACAUGCAGGCUCUGCAGGCAGCAAGACCACUCAACCCUGGUACACUGCAACAUCAGCAGCAGGCUCAGCUCUCUCAGCUCGGACCGCGACCUCCGUUCAACCCUCAAGGCCAAAUGGGUGCGCCUCCUGGUUGGAACCAGCUGCCCUCUGGUGUACUACAGCCGCCAGCAUCCCAAGGAGGCCCUGCCUGGAGAAAACCGCCACCUCAAAACCAAAUGGUUCAGCGCCCACCAUCACUACCCACAGUUCAGACCCCCAAUCACCCUCCACCCCCAUAUCCCUUUGGCAGCCAGCAAGCUGGGCAAUUAUUUAAUGUAAUGGGGCAAGGACAAUUACAGCAGCAACAGCAGGCAGGAAUGGGUCAGUUUGCUGCUCCACAACCUAAAGGCCAACAGGCUGGUCCCGGUGCCGUCACCGGACCACCCAGACCACCAUUACCCCUACCGUCAACAUCUGGACCACAGGGCAACAUCACUGCCAAGUCUCCUGGAUCGUCCUCAUCUCCUUUUCAGCAAGGCUCUCCAGGGACACCUCCUAUGAUAGCUCAGCGACCUACAACUCCCCAGGGAUUCCCCCAGGGUGUCGGUUCACCAGGCAGAGCAGCUCUAGGGCAACAGGGUAACAUGCAGCAAGGAUUCAUGGGAAUGCCCCAACAUGGGCAGCCUGGAGCCCAAGUUCAUCCAGGGAUGGGAAAGCGUCCCAUGGGCUUUCCAAACUUAAACUUUGUUCAAGGUCAGGUGAGUGCUGGCACCACAGGAACCCCUGUGGGUGGAGCAGGUCAGCAGCUGCAGAACAACCAAGGAAUUACUCAUACAGGAGGCCAGCCAGCGGCAUCCACUCCAAAUACGAUGCAGGGACCCCCCCACGUUCAGACCAAUAUAAUGCCUGGUCAAAGUAGUAUGGCAGGUCCGACCCCUGGUACCACGGCCGGUGCUAGUAUGGGCCAGCAGCAGCCUGGCCUCCAGACCCAAAUGAUGAGCCUCCAGCAUCAGGCCCAGCCUGUGUCCUCCUCCCCCAGCCAGAUGGUUCAAGGCCAGGGUGGAGGUCAGACUGUCCUUUCAAGGACCAUUGGUCAAGGGCAGAGAGGAGGGAUGACCCCACCUAAGCAAAUGAUGCCACAGCAAGGCCAGGGGGUGAUGCAUGGGCAGGGUCAGAUGGUUGGAGGCCAAGGGCAUCAGGCCAUGCUCCUGCAGCAGCAGCAGCAAAACUCAAUGAUGGAACAAAUGGUUGCUAAUCAGAUGCAAGGAAACAAACAGGCGUUUGGGGGGAAGAUUCCUCCUGGGGUUCUGCCUGGCCAGAUAAUGCGCGGUCCCUCCCCCAAUGUGCCAGGUAACAUGCCUCCGUUCCAGGGCCAGGUUGGCCCACAGCAGAUGACUCCACAGCAGCAGCAGCAAAUGGCUCAGCUUCAGCAGCAGCAGCUACAACAGCAUCAGUUGCAGCAACAGCUCCAACAUCAACAGAUGAACCAACAACAGCCUCAGCAAGUCCCAAUAGCUGGUAAUCCUAAUCAAAGUAUGGGGAUGCAUGGGCCCCAGAUGAGACUACCUGUUGGUCAUCAUCUUAUUCAACAACAGCAACUGCAACAACAGCAACAGCAACUGCAACAACAGUUUCAACAACAGAAACAGCAAGCUAUGUUGCAGCAGCAGCAGCAACAACAGCAGCAAGCAGCUCAGCAACAUCCACAUGUAAUUGGAGAUCCAAAUAGUGGGACAGGGGACUUAGGUGUGCAGCAGAUGGUCUCUGAUAUGCAAGCUCAGCAACAGCAAGGCAUGAUGGGAGGUCCCCAGCACAUGCAGAUGGGUAAUGGACACUUUCCAGGUCAUAACAUGAACUUUAACCCGCAGUUUCCUGGUCAGAUGACAGUUGGAGGAGCAUGUGGACAGCCAGCUGGCUUUCCUGUUAGCAAAGAUGUUACAUUGACGAGCCCACUGCUCGUCAAUCUGCUGCAGAGUGAUAUCUCAGCUAGUCAGUUUGGACCAGGAGGAAAACAGGGGGCUGGUGGGGAUAAUCCAGCUAAACCUAAAAAGAAGAAACCACCCCGAAAGAAGAAGCCUAAAGAGGCUGAUGGACAACAACAAGUAGAGGGACUUGGUGGUCUUGAUGGGACUGUUGGCAUGGAAGAUGCUGAAUUGCCAAGCCUUGGUGGGGAACAGAGUUUGGGUUUGGAAAGCUCUGGCCAAAAACUCCCCGAUUUUCCUAAUAGGCCUGCAGGCUUUCCCAGUCAGACUGGAGAACAGAGAGUUCUGCAACAGGUACCAAUGCAGUAUAUACAACAGCAACAGCAGCAACAUCAUCAACAGCAGCAGCUUCAUCAACAACAACAACAGCAGCAGCAGCAACUUCAUCAACAACAGCAGCAGCUUCAGCAACAGCAGCAACAACAACUUCACCAACAGCAGCAGCAGCAACAUCAUCAGCAGCAGCAGCUUCAUCAACAACAACAGCAGCAGCAGCUUCACCAACAACAGCAGCAGCAGCUUCACCAACAACAGCAGCAGCAGCAGCUCCAACAGCAACAUCAUCAACAACAACAUCAUCAACAACAGCAGCAGCAGCAACAACAUCAUCAACCACAGCAGCAACAACAACAACAACAGCAGCAGCAGCAACAUCAUCAGAUGCAGCAAAUGCAACAGCAGCAUUUACUGCAGCAGCAAAGGCAACAUCAAAUUCAUCAGCAGCAAAUGCAACAACAGCAGCAGCAGCAGCAACAACAACAACAACAACAACAAAACUUUAAUAUACAGAAUGCUCAAGCACAGCAAGGAAUGCCGGGGUCACAAACUCAAGGUCAAAGCCAACCUCAGAUGCACCCGCAUCAGCUCCAACAGCAGCAGCAACAAUCGCAACAGCAGCAGUUGCAGCAGCCAAACUUACAGCAGCAGCAAAUGAUGAUUAUGCUAAAGAUGCAACAGGAGCAAUCAAAGAAUCGCAUGCCCAUUCCACCAGGAGGGCAAAUGCCUCCCCGGAGUAUAGGCAAUCCAACAGAGGUGCAGAGGCAACCUGUUUCACAGCAGGGCAACAUGCCUGUAAUGAUCAACCUUCAAGGCCAUGGUGGUGUCCCACCAUCACCUGACAAAGCCAGGGGGAUUUCCCUAAUGGUGAACCCACAACUUUCGGGAGCUGCACGAAGAAUGUCUCACCCAGAAGCAGCACAGGGACCCCAAACCAGUGGGUCUGAGGAAGUCUCCUCUGCUCCCCACACAAAACAAGACAGGCCUAGUGGCUCAGAAGUUGGAGUGCAACCUGGAAAUGGGACUCAGCAGAUUGUUCCCAGCCAAGGUUCCAACCCUCAAAUGAUGAAGCAAGGUCCUGGUCAAGCACAGAUGCCUCAGCAUACUGGGGCCAGUCCUCAGCAGCAGUUAACCACUCAGUCUCAGCAAGGGGGCCACAUGCCUGGCCUUCAUUUCCCCAGUGUCCCUACAUCUUCACAGAGCUCUAGGCCCAAAACCCCAAACAGGGCAAGCCCCAGGCCCUACCAUCCUCUCACUCCAACUAAUCGACCACCCAGCACUGAGCCCUCAGAAAUCAACCUUUCACCUGAGAGACUAAAUGCCUCCAUUGCAGGGUUGUUUCCUCCCAAAAUUAACAUUCCUCUUCCUCCAAGACAGCCAAACCUUAACAGGGGAUUUGACCAGCAAGGUCUAAACCCAACAACUCUGAAAGCCAUUGGCCAGGCUCCCCCUAGCCUAACCCUACCAGGAAACAACAAUAAUGGCAAUAUAGGAGGAAAUAAUGCAAAUAAUCCUCAGUCUGCUGGGGGCAGUGCUGGUGCUUUAGGUGCAAAACAAGACAAACAGACUGGUGGCCAGAAUAAGAGGGCAAGUCCUAGCAACAGUCGUAGGUCGAGUCCGGCCUCAAGUCGAAAGUCAGCCACUCCAAGUCCAGGAAGGCAAAAGGUGACAAAAAAUACCAUGAGCUGCCCUCCUCACCAGCAGCAGGUGCUGAAUCCUCAAGGACAAACCAUGAUGCUAAGUCCUUCCUCUGUACCUCAAAGUCCAGUAUCUAUGCCUUCACAAGUCAGCGGAGGCAUAGAGACACAGCAGAGCCAGAGCUCCCUCCAUAGUAUUCAUGGAAACCCUGUUGAUGGAUUUAGGGACAAUCAGGGAACAAUGCCACCUGAGCAGCGACAGGUAACCCAACCUCAAGCCCAGACGCAGCAGUUUAGGGAUUUAUCGUCGCCUAGAUUAACAAGUCCUCGUAUGCCAAUACAUCAGGUUCCCAAACCAGAUGUUGAUAUGCAGGCUAACACAGUUGACAGACCCUCAGUACACCCAGCAACUGGACAGGACCCGGAUGUCUCACCUGCUCUUAGAGCAGCUCCAACAUCUCUUAACCAGUUACUGGAUAACGCAAAUAUUCCAAACGUGUCUCUGCGGCCAACGCAAGCAGGGAAUGACAACCACAAGUCUGCUUUGGAUCCAGACAGGCCUGUAUCCAGAAAUUCUCAGAAUGCAGAUAAGUCAACAUCUGUUGUUACUACAGCUGCCUCAGCUAAUAACACUCUGGCUAUAUCUAAAUCUGCCCUUAAUCCUGCUAGUGGCCCUGCCAUGCCACAUACUUCAAUUCCAAGCUCACACCCUCCCACUUCUGUAAACUCCAGUAGUACCCUCAGUCUUAAACAAACCCCAUUACCCAGCCUUUUAAAUCCAAAUGUACAUUCAGCAACUACUAUUUCCAGCUCAGUCUGUAGUAACACUAAUCCCAGUCCCGGUCUAAGUACCAGUGCGCCUACUUCCAGUCAGAACACUUCUGCAUCCACGGUUAGUGCCAGCUCUACAGUAAACCCUGCCACGACAGCUCCUAAACCAAGCCCUAGUCCAAAACCUGUGACAAGUGUUCAGUCUGUCAUUCAGAUUCCCACCUCAUCAAGCAACAUUUCUCCCAACCAGAUAACAGUGUUUGUAACCUCAAACCCCAUCACUUCUGCCCCCACUUCACAGGUGCCUACAUCUAUGGUAUCCACCAUGGUUGCUGUCCCUAAUAAAAAUAUAAGACCACAGGACAUCCGGUAUCAGAGCUCCGGUCCAAGACCUGCACAACUUAUUACCACUACGCCUGUAUUUAUUAACCCAAUUUUCCAGGUCCCAGCUUCCUCUAUGGCUACCAAUUCAACAGUUGUGUCACAGUCUGUCACCAUGGUGGGCUCCCUGCAGGUCUCUGCUGCAAACAUUCACCUCUCUCAUGCCCCAAGUUCGGCACAGAACACUGGGGCUACAAUGACAAGCCCUCAGUCUAAUAGGAGUUCUCUUGGACAGGUCCACAUAGCCACUAGCAUGUCCUCUCCAGGGCCAGUUAGUACUCUCUUAACUCCUCAGCAGUUUAACCAGGGAGGUAUCAAACCAGAAACUCCAAGUGAGAUAAAUUCCUCUCAGAAAUCUUCUCUCCCUGUCAAUCAACCUGCCCCUCACCCAGGUGCUUCUGUAUCAACUUCCUUUCAGUCGCCUUUAACUUCUCCCCCUCCUUGCUCCAGUCCUAUGGCUGUUAACCCCAUUCGAAAGAGUCCUGUGCCUCCAUCUCCUACUGGCCAAAUGAAAAUGUCUACAUCAGCUACUGUCUCCGUUUCAGGCAAAGGCGAUUCCCAGCAAAGUACUGUAGAAAGACCUGCACAAGGGCAUACGGGGGGUAUCCCACAGCAGACAUUUCUUUCCCCUGCUAAUCAGACUGAAGGACAAGCUCCUCAUAUUACUCUUGUUAGUUCAAAUAGUAAUCCAUCUUUAGUUCCUUCUCAAAUCCCCUGCCAAGUUACGGUUCCCACUCAGAUAGUUGGUCAGGCUCCUGCAGCGGCUUCAGUCCCAAAUCAACCAUCGCCUGUAAAUUCUCAAGCACCUAUAGUGACUGUAGUAGGUGCUGGGGUUUCUUCCAGUACUUUGCUCUCUACAGUCACUCCCAUACAAUCAUCUGUAACAUCUGUUCUUCCAAUUGUUGCUGCAAGCGGACCUGGUGAGGCUUCCCACAUCACCUCCUCUCCCUCUGGUAUUACCAGCGGAGUCCCUGCGAUUCAGUCAGAUGCCCCAGCUGCAGAGUCUUCAAUGCCAUUAGCGACAGCACCUGCUGAAGCUACACAGAGCACACCUGCACCUGUUCAACCAGAAGCUUCACAGGAACCUGCCUUGACUGAGAAGACGGGUGAGGACGUCUCAACAGGUUCUGAGCAGGGAUGGGCAAAGAAAAGAAAGACGCCCAUCAACAUAGUCCCAAGAGCUGCGGUAGAGAAGCCCAAGGGCCCGAGCAGACGGAGCUCCCGAGCUGAGAAGGAGGUGGAGGAGGAGCCAGCAGUAGAUAGCGGCAUGAGGAAGAGAUCGGCCAGGCCUGGAACGAGUGCUACAGUUAAAGAAACGGCAGCAAGCCCAACCCAAGCCAAACGAAGGAAGUCUAAAUAGGCACAACAGUGGUUGUUUACCUGUGAACUGUACUGUAAAUGUUUUUGUUUCCUGCUGUGAAUCAGUUGACUUUAGUUUUUCUGGCUGAGUUUAAAAGUUCCAUUAGAGGAGGAUACCAUGUACAGAUUGUUUAAUGGCAAAAAAGAAGCUAUUGUUUUGUUGAGGCUUAUAUGUGUGAUUGUAGCUAGAAUGUGUGCAUACAGUUUGCGUGAAUGUGCUUUUUUUUUUUCUAUAAGAUGCUGGAUUAAUCAUGAAGAUUGACAAUUGAACUCACCAUUUACUGUAUGAUUAAGUUGUAAAAUGGAAUAAAAUUUUCUACUGCUUGUUCUGUGAAAUGACAUGCUGGUGAUUUUUUUUCGUUAAACCUUAAGAGAUUAUGUUGGACCUGAUUUCUGUGGUUUUUAUCGUCUUUAAUUAGAAAUGCCUGUAUCCACAAUUGUAUCCUGUCCAUCAUUUGUUUUUUUAUACUUGAUUUAAUGAUGGUUUAAGGAGUUCAAAAGGGGAAAAUCAAAAGUCCUGCUCACCAAUUACAAUCCCCAGCUAAUUCUGGAGGAUCUUAAUACUGUCUUUAGUCAAAGGAAAUUCCCUUUAGUGAGUUUAUAGCCCUGUUGAUUGUCUUCUCUUAGUAGGACGUGCACCGAAAAUCUGACUUUUAUAUGAACGGGCCAUGUUUCCACCCCAAACUCAUCAGGUCUAUUGAGUCUCCUUAACUAGUCUCCAAAACCUAACGUGGCCACCCUAUAGAAAAUUUUCAUGCGUAGCAAGAUCAGUAAAUCUAAGGUAUGCAUUUCAGCAACAACUUCUUCAUGGUAAAGCCUGCAGGGAUUUAUGACAAAGCCCUUAUCCAUUCUAUCCUACACCUCUCAAUGCAACUAUGAGCCACAAAGGCAGCUAAACUCCUGUCUUAUUGACUAUUAAAUGUUAAGCUUAUUAGCUCCCAAACCUUACAGCUUCCCACCUGUGGAUUGACAAUUGCAGAUGAUUGACGCCUUUAAAAACAUUGAUCACAUGGUGAUUAUCAAUUUACUUUAUUAAAUGUAUUCAUGCAAAUGGUCCCAAAUCCCUUGCAGGCUUUUUUUUUAUGUACAUCUUUAACAGUUAACAUACACCAACUGUUUUUAUGAAAAAGUAAUGUCUUCUGAAGAGGAUGCUGUAUAUGAACUUAAAUGUACUAAAAACUACAUCUGAAAUAGAGGAACAAUGAUUACAGAUUGUGUAACUAAGAAAUGGGCAUAAAAA